AUGGGGUGGCUUCCUCGCAGCUUCCGAAGAAACCGCACAUCUAUCCUGUAUCUGGCAAUUGUACUUGCCCUUAUUAUAUUUACAGCACAUUAUUUUGAUGUGUUUUCUUCUGAUAUAGCACACUAUUCAAAAAGAUACAUAGUAACUGGACCUGGUGAGCAGGGAGUAGCUGUUUUUCUGCAAGGGGAGGAGGCAAAAACUGCAGAAAGUUUAAUUGAAAAAGAAGCAUUUAACAGAAUUGCUAGUGAUAAAAUAUCACUAGAGAGAUCUUUACCAGAUGUCAGGGAUAAAAAAUGCAACAGUGUCACAUACCCUAACGAUCUUCCAAAGGCUAGUGUUGUAAUAAUCUUCCACAACGAAGCCUGGUCACCUUUACUUCGUACUGUCCACAGUGUAGUUAAUAGGUCUCCGCCUCGUUAUCUGCACGAAGUUGUUCUUCUGGAUGAUUUCUCUGAGAAAGAUUUCCUCAAAGAGCCAUUAAAGAAGUACAUAUUGGAGACUUGGCCAGAAGGCUUAGUGCGACUAGUUCGAACACCGGAGAGAUCUGGUCUCAUAAGAGCAAGAAUAGCAGGGGCAAAGGCAGCAACCGGAGAUGUUCUCAUUUUCUUAGACUCCCAUUGUGAAGUCAAUAUAGGAUGGAUAGAGCCGUUACUGAGUAGAAUCAAAGAGGACAGAACUGUCGUUGCAUGUCCAGAGAUAGAUAUGAUUGACAAAAACACUCUUCAGUAUGGGGCCACAGGGAGUUACAGUGUUGGAGGUUUCUGGUGGAGUCUGCACUUCUCCUGGAGACCCAUGCCUGAACGAGAGACUAAAAGAAGGCAGUCUGAAAUUGAUCCUAUAAGAUCACCCACAAUGGCUGGAGGAUUUUAUUGUGACAAACCAUUACCUAUAUCACCAGGUAAUAAAGACACACAUGGCAUUAAUUCUAUGAGACUGGCCGAGGUGUGGAUGGAUGAAUAUAAGCGGCUGUUUUAUGUUCAUCGACGUGAUCUACUUUCUCAAGACUAUGGUGACAUCUCAGAAAGAAAGGCACUGAGAGAGAGGUUAAAAUGCAACAGCUUCAAGUGGUAUCUGGAGAAUGUCUACCCUGAAAAGUUUAUUCCUGAUGAGAAUGUGAAAGCUUGGGGAAUG